AUGGCUGGUAAAUUCCGAAGUAUGUCGCCGUCCACGACAGUCCGCAUCAAAUGCGAUCCGACGACAUACAUAUAUGCCGGUCUAGAGGAUGUCGUCCGUGCUGCCAUCCCUCUGGGCAAGAACCAGGUCGAUCUGGCUGUGGUCCCGGAUGGGAUAGAUCGAGUCAACCGGUGCUUCACUAGUCUUAGUGCACUGCGACUAUUGAGUAGUGACCCACUAUUCGCCAUUGAAGGCAAUGUUUCCUAUGCCAAAACGGCCUUCCGGGCGCUGAAAGACAUGCACCGGCGGUACUGCGAUGAACGGGAUGCUACCCUGCUGUGCGGGGACGAGCCACUUGCGGAUUGGUAUGCAAAGGAAAUUGAUCGAUUUAAUCAACUGAUCAUCCAUUAUCAAAAGCAAAUAAACCGAGAGAUAUAA